AUGCCUUAUGGUGAAAUUGAAGCUAAGUCCUUGGGACCUGGAAAAGAACUAACAAAAGAACCACACUACAAAAAAAUUGAAGUCAGCUGCAAAAGCUUAUGUUUUCCACAUCAUAGCAGUGCUGAUUUUCUUCAGGACAAAACCCAAACUACAGGUUUGCAGUAACCUUUGCAUAAUGAGAUGCUUUGUAACAGACUAGAUGUUAUUGAAUCCAUUGGUUCACAAAUUUUACAAGAUGGAAAACCCCCAUUAGUACCAACAGAUGAUGAAAUAUAUAGUACAAGUAAAGCAUUUAUAGGACCUAUUUACAAACCCCCUGAGGAAAAAAGAUGUAAUGAAAGGCAGAAUGAAACAGACACUCAUAAUGGUCCAAAUGGCAAAGGAAGACAAGAGAAGAAACAGAAAUUUAACAACAAAAAAUUAGGGAUUGACAUGGGAUUACCACAGUUUUACAAGGAAAUUGAAGAACUUGAAAGUGAAAAUGACAAUUUAGAAGUCAGUUGUAAGGAAUCUGAACCUUCUCAGGAACAACUUAUUCCAUAUUAUGAGGACAAUAAUAAUGAUGUCUUAAAAUCUGAUGAUGCAAGUAAAGAUAUUAAUGGUGCCCAGUCACAUUGUGGUUAUCAGCAGUACUUGGUCAAUGAGCCGAGCAAAUAUACCUAUGAUGGACAAGCAAUAGGUACAUUUUGUGGUACUUCAUUUACUUCUUUCAGGCCCAAAUUGGAAUCACUUCAUCCCUUCAUAGUACCCUAUAGUGCCCCUCUUCCCAGUUUUAAUUAUUAUUUAAAUAUUCAAAGAUUCAGUGCUCCACCAAAUCCAUCACCAAAUAUUUUCCAUGCUCCAGGUGACUAUCAGAUGCAAAAUAGGUGAUUAAGUAGUCAUCGUGUUAACUGGAAUUGUUUGACUUUUGAUCAGAGCAACAAAUAUACUGACUAUAGUGAGAAUAGCCAUAGUGUUUAUCCCCCUAGAAAUGGCUCUAGUGUGCAAGAUGGAUAUGUGAGUAAUGGUUUACGUGAUGUCAGGGAAGGAAGCUGGAAACAGCCUCCUAUGGACAAGCAUAAUGGGAUGGACAGGUUUAUGAACCAGCAGUCUCAAGAAGAAAAGUUAAAUAAAUUACAGAACUUACUUAUUCUUUUAGGAGGUCUGCCUGAUUCUGGGAAAACAACAUUGUCUAGAAUUCUGCUUGGUCAGAGUCACAACGGCAUUGUAUUCAGCAUUGAUGACUAUUUUCACCAUCAAGAUGAGUACAGGUAUCAUGUUAAUCAGUGA